UGGUCUGCUUUCCAUCGUCAAAUUGUGUAUUAACAUCAUCAUCAACAACGUCAUCUCCCCUUUCUCUCUCCCCUUUCUGUUCGUGUUCUUGUUUCUGGAUCUCCAAUUCAUUAUCUCCCUUCAAUCAACAAAGUGAACACAUCUUCAAUUUUUGGCGGAUUUACAGGUCGCGGAUUUCAGAUCCCUGAAGCACCGACUUUUUAUUUAUUUGUAUCAUCAUUCAGUAAUUGUCGGCCGGAUUAAAGACUUUCUCAAAUUUGAAACCCUAAAUUUGACGACAAUUUCUAGAUCUAACUAAAAUCUACAUCGCUAUUCUUCGAUUUUGAAAACAAUUUGUAUUUCUAAAGUACAGAUCGGGUGAGUGAUUGAGGAAGUCAAGAACAAAAACCCUAGAUUUGAUUUGGUUAGUGAAUUAGAGAGGAAAUGGGAAGCGAUGUGAAGAUGAAAGUUGAUGUUGGUGAAGAAGGUGAAAUCUCAGAAGCGAAUACAAUUGUUGAGAUUAGUAAGGAUGAAUUUAAGCCAUGGAAACAACAACGUCAAUCAUUGAGCAAGACAACAACAACAACAGCAACAUCGGAUUCGUCGAAAAACAAAAACAAAGACAGGUAUUGGAUGAGUGAUCUGUACAAGUAUUAUCCAAGAAGCUAUGGAGCUUCAGGCUUGCACAAUUUAGCAUGGGCGCAAGCUGUACAGAAUAAGCCCUUAAACGAGGCAUUGGUUGAGCUCGAUGAUAAGAAUAACAAAACUAGUACUGAUAAAGCCACUGAUGUUACUGCUGCUGCUGCUUCUAAGGAACAACAACAACAGUCUGUUAAUAAUAAUAACGAAGUUGUUGAAAUGGUUGACAGUGAGAAAGAAGAAGGUGAAUUGGAAGAAGGUGAAAUUGAUUUUGACUCCGAGGAUGACACCGAUAAUAAACAUAAUAACAGUAAUAAUAAAGGUAGUAAUAAACUUGAAGAUGAUUUUAGUAUGAUGGCGGGUUUGGAGGUGGAAGAUCAAGAAUUGGAGAAUCAGGUUUCUUCCAUUCGUAAAGUUCUUCACAAUGUCACUGUUGCUGAAGCCAAUAAAUCAUUUGAUAUUGUGUGUGCCCGGUUGACGAGCUCCUUGGAGAGUUUGAGAGAGUUGGUGUUGCAUACAUGGUUUCCAUCCAAGGAUGCGCUUAUUCAACAAGCUUUUGCUGCUAUCCAGUGUGUUUAUUCUGUUUACACUUCAAUGAGCUCUACUUUAAGAGAUCAGAAUAAGGAUAGGAUGUCAAGGCUGCUUAAUUUUGUUACGGGCCUUAGUUCUGCUCUUUUUACACCCGAACAGAGGAAAGAGGUGGAGGGUAUGAUUGCCACUGUUAACCCUCCUCCUCCAAUAGUUUCAGUGAAGCCUAAGCCUAGGGACAGGCAGGAAGAAUUGCCAGUUACAGACAAGGCUAUCCUCACUGAUUCCAAUAUAUUAACUGUGAACACUGGUGACAACAGCUCACACUAUUUGAAGAAAGCGGGAUUUGAAUCUUCUGCUUAUCAGUCGGAGAAAAAGAACACUGACAUUCUGUCAGAUGCAUUGAGACAACUUCCUUGUAAUAUAAACACAAGAAGCGGUUUUGGUCCUCUGCUUGAUCUCCAUAAGGUUCAUGAUGAAGACAGUCUUCCAUCACCCACCAGCAAAUCAAUGCCUUGUUCGCCUUUCUUUGAAGCAAGUGUCCCUCGUGUAGUGCAUGGUUUGCAGAAAUCUGGGGUGCACCCUUAUGAAACUGAUGCUUUGAAAGCUGUCUCAAGCUACCAACAAAGGUUUGGUCGGAGUACAUUCCAAGCAACGGACACACUUCCUAGUCCAACUCCUUCUGAAGAUGGAAAUGAUGGAGGAGCUGAUGAUUCUAACGAGGAGGUUUCCAGUUCUACUGCCUAUAAUAAUAUUGUUAGUAGGAAUUCAAAUUCCUCUGUAAUGCCACAACCACAACCAGUUGUUUCUUCUGCUGUUUAUACAAGUAGUUCAACUGUACAAGCGGUGGUUAGUGGUAAUGGAGCUGGGUCUUCUUCUUCAUUACGGGGCGUUGCAAAGAGCCGAGAUCCUAGACUUCGGCAGCUUAAUCCUAGUUUUGGCUCGUUAGACCUUAGUUUUUGUCCCUCGCCUCUGGUGUCCAGCUCAGCUGCUAAACUGGAGUCAUUGGGAGAGAUAAUGAACCCUAAGAAGACCAAAGCACUUGAGGGCCCUCUCUCAGAUAGUCCUACUGCCAAGCGUCCAAGGAAUGUCAUGGAAACCGAAGAGAUCUCCACAAAUGCAAAUCAAGUAACAACUUUGUCUGGAAUGGAGACAAGUAUUCUAGGGCCACAAUUUUCAGGCAGAGGGCUCUUGGGUCCAGCUAUUGAUCCCCGGAAACCAAGAUUUGGUAUUGUUUCCUCUGGGAAUCCCAGCGUGAUAGGGAAUACAACUUCUCAGUCUGCAAAGAAUGCCAAUGGUACCCCGUCCUUGCAGUCUCUGUUGAAAGGCAUUUCAGGAAAUCCAGCAGCAUGGAUGAAUAUUAUUAAGGAGCAGAAAAGUUCCGGUGAGCCUUUACAGAGCAUGUCACACUCAGCAAACUCAAAUUCGAUCUUAGGAGCAGCACCCUCACCUAGUGCAACUUCAUCUGGGGUGGGGCAGACAAGUGCUCCAUUGCUUCAGGUCCCUACUCAUUUAGCGGUCACGAUCCCACAGGAUGAAUCCGCAAAACUUCGUAUGAAAUCUCGCGACCCUCGUCGUGCUCUCCAUGCCAAAAGGACUGGCAGUUCCGUAUCAGAGCAGCCUAAGGCAAAUGGAGUACAAAAUUCGACCACACAAGGACUGCAAGAUAGUCUCAAUUUUCAAAGACAUGUUAAUGGGACAAGUCUAAGUGCUGCAUCUUCUCAGACCUCAGUUCUACCUGAUAUUACCAGGCAAUUUACUAAGAAUUUGAGAAAUAUUGCUGACAUUAUUUCUGCCCCACAGACAUCCAGUGUACAGUCUCCACUUGCAAUAAGUUCCUCCCCAUCCGUGCUAGUUAAUUUGGAUAGAGCAAAUGUUAGUUCUGGUGGACCAGCAAGUGGUAUUUCUAAUGGGGCAGUAAAUGCUGGUGACCAGCGUAGUGGGUCUGCGUUGAAGCCUGAAGAACUUGUUACUGGUCGUCCACAAUCACAGAACAAUUGGGGAGAUGUUGAACAUCUCUUUGAAGGAUAUGAUGAUCAGCAAAAGGAAGCUAUACAGCAAGAGAGAGCUAGAAGGCUUGAUGAGCAGAAUAAAAUGUUUGCUUCCAACAAGUUGUGCCUUGUGCUGGAUCUGGAUCAUACGCUUCUCAAUUCAGCAAAGUUCUCGGAGGUAGAUCCAGUACAUGAUGAGAUCUUGAGAAAGAAAGAAGAACAAGAUCGUGAAAAGCCUCGGCGACAUCUCUUCCGUUUUCCACAUAUGGCUAUGUGGACAAAAUUACGACCUGGUAUUUGGAAUUUCUUGGAGAAGGCUAGUAAGCUUUAUGAACUUCAUCUUUAUACUAUGGGGAAUAAGUUGUAUGCCACUGAGAUGGCAAAAGUGCUUGAUCCAAAGGGAAGUUUGUUUUCUGGGAGAGUUCUCUCACGAGGCGAUGAUGGGGAUCCUGUUGAUGGUGAUGAGAGGGUACCCAAGAGUAAGGAUUUAGAAGGUGUUUUGGGUAUGGAAUCUUCUGUGGUAAUAAUAGAUGAUUCAGCUAGAGUUUGGCCACAUAACAAGCUAAACCUGAUAGUUGUGGAAAGGUAUACUUAUUUUCCUUGUAGUAGGAGACAGUUUGGGCUCCCAGGACCAUCACUUCUUGAGAUCGACCAUGAUGAGAGAACAGAAGAAGGAACUUUGGCAUCGUCUUUGGCAGUGAUAGAGAGAAUACACCAAAACUUUUUCGCUCACAAAUCCCUGGAUGAUGUGGAUGUGAGAAAUGUCUUGGCUGCUGAGCAGCGGAAGAUUUUGGGUGGCUGCCGCAUUGUGUUUAGCAGGGUUUUUCCUGUUGGGGAAGCAAACCCCCAUUUACACCCUCUUUGGCAGACGGCAGAACAGUUUGGUGCUGUGUGCACCAACCAGUUAGAUGAACAAGUUACCCAUGUAGUUGCCAAUUCUUUAGGAACUGACAAGGUUAAUUGGGCUAUGUCAACUGGAAAAUUUGUUGUGCAUCCUGGCUGGGUGGAAGCCUCUGCGUUACUUUACAGAAGGGCGAAUGAGCAAGAUUUUGCUAUUAAAUCUUGAACGAUUACAGUGUGCCCAGCUUUAGUGAAAGAGAAACCAUUAAGUGUUGAUAAAAGGGGGUUGAGACCUUGGUUUUGGCAGUGAUAUUGCCAAGUGUGAUGAGGACCAGCCUUAGUUUUCACCCUUAACCUAUCACUUGACAUUUAGGAUGGGUUUAUCCGUAGAGAUGUUUAGUUGGGUGCGCACAGUGUAGAUUGGCUGGCUGUGUUAUUAAGGUGGGGGAUGGGUUUCACAGCCAAGGUAGAAGAUGUAGUAACUGCAACUUGGGGUAUUAUUUGGUGUUGCUCGAUGACAAAGGGACGGAGGGAGUUGGUUGAUGCUCUUACAGUUUGACAAUAGAGGGGGUUAACCCAUUUUCUUGUCGGGGAAAUCAAUGAUCUCAGAGGCUAACGUUGAGUAUUGCGGGUACGUGGUCAUAUCUGGGGCGUAUUAGUUUGCUGCGUUGUACAGGAAAAAAAGCAUGAUUUUUUCCAACUUUGCCAGGGGAAAACCCACAAGGCAAAGUUGUAAGUUGGCCAAAAUAUUAAUUCGAGUAACUGACUAAAAUUAAAAAUAACAUUUUUUGGGGAAGGAAAGAGGGACAGUAUAAAUGAUAAUUUGCACCAAAACUGAUGAAAGAGGUUAAUCUGAGUACUGGUGGUGGGUUGUUUGUCAUACGAUUGCAAUAUUCAAUUUUGUUUAAAUUUCCAUUUCAAGUAA